AUGGUGCGGUGCGCAGUUGGACCAGGCGCGCAGUUGGACCAGGCGCGCAGUUGGACCAGGAGCGGAGUUGGACCAGGCGCGCGGUUGGACCAGGAGCGCAGUUGGACCAGGCGCGCCGUUGGACCAGCCGCGCAGUUGGACCAGGCGCACAAUUGGACCAGGCGCACAGUUGGACCAGGCGCGCUCUUGGACAGGCCCGCUCUUGAACCAGUCGCGCUCCUAGACCAGGCGCCCUGUUGGACCAGGCGCGCAAUUGGAGCAGGCGCGCUCUUGGACCAAGCGAGCAGUUGGACCAGGCGCGCUCUUGGACCAGGUGCACAGUUGGACGAGGCGCGCAGUUGGACCAGGCGCACACUUGGACCAGGCGCGCACUUGAACCAGGCGCGCACUUGGACCAGGCGCGAAGUUGGACCACGCAGUUGGACCAUGCGCGCAGUUGGACCAUGCGCGCAGUUGGACCAGGCGCGCUCUUGGACAAGGCUCGAAGUUGGACCAGGCGCGCUAUUGGACUAG